UUAAGUUUUCUAGCCGAGUCUCCCGCCGCCACUAACCUCCGGCGGCAAUCGGCGGAACGGGGAUGGCCUCAUUCUGCAGAUCGGCUUUAAUGGCGGGUUCAAGGUCCUUCGCCGCCGUGUCCAAGACAAUAGCCCAAAAAGCCCCGACCUCAAGGCCCUUGUCGCCUCCUCUUUCUCCGACAGCGAGGCACGCCUGCUCCGCUUCGAGGGCGGUGUCUGCUCUGGGCGGGGUGGAGUCGCUGAUGCCGCUUCACAGCACCAUCGCCUCUGCUCGGCUCAUAUCCAAUAUCGCAGUCGAUUCCUCUUGCUGGAGCUGGCUCUCUCUGGACUUUGCAGUUCCACGGUGACAAGCGCCACACAUUCAAGAUUUUUGCCGAAUAUAUCCCGCCUGCAGCUCAGCUGCUACUCUUCUAGUUGGGAACUCCAACAGUCCCGCUUUCUUCCCAAAUUACGCAGACCAGCUACUAAUUACCGCUUUGGAUUUCAUUUCCAGCUCAUGGAUAUUUGAAGGUAGAAAUUUUUUGCUUGGCUUUCCUUGAAAGAUCCUGUUCUUAUGCCAAACCUGUAGUGCAUACGAAGCAGGAAACCCUAUCGGUUGAUUUGGGCCUAGGAACAAAACAAUUGCAGAUGAAUGACAAAUCCAGAUGCAUGAAACCAUUUUUUCUGAACAAUAUACUUGUGUAUCGAAAAGAAUUUCCCUGUAUGGUGGUAAUUCCCUUUUUUCCAUGGAUUACCUUGAAGAGUUCAUUGAGUCACCCCUUACCAGUUCGAACAUUGACUGGCUGACCUCUAUGGAGUGGUUCAUGCAGAAUACGUCGAUGACAAACAAAUGUACACCGGAUUACGUUUUUCAUUGUGUUUAGAACUUAGGGAAGGAUCUAUCAUUCAGCUUAAAUGAAAUGCAUGUGGUCUUCUAGC